AUGGCUGAAGAGAUAAGUUUAUCUUUAGAAGAAACAAAUGCGUUAAGAAUUAAGUUAGGCCUAAAACCUAUACCUAAGACAGAGGAUAAUAAACAGUCGAUCCAACCGUCUGAAUACGUACAUAAGAGCCCAGAAACGCAGUCUCAAGUUAAAAAUAACAAUUCUGGGUCAAAGAAAUACCGAUUUGUGGACGAAAGACUACUCAAUAAACUUCGCAAUAGAAUUGCAAGUGUAUCUCACAACCCAAAAUCUUCGACAAGUACCAAUGAUGAUUGGCUCACCAACAUAAACAAAGGCAAUACCAAGAGCGAAGUCAAGCUGCCGAAAGUUCAAAUUAAUUACGAUGUGGAUGAAGUACAAGAUGACCUCCCGAUUGUACAAGUAGCAAAUAAUUUAGAGGAGCUCAAAUCGGGGCAGAGCAUUACAUUAACCUUAAAGGAGAGCUCAAUAACCGAGGAAGAUGACAUAGAUACCUUACAAGUGGACCAUAAACAUGAUGAAGAACAAAAUGCUACAAACCUGAAACAGAGACAUGACAAAAAAAAACCUUUGCGUUCAAUCACUGCUCUAGAAGAGCAAGGUACAGAUAUAGACAAGCCUGGGAAGUUAAUAUCUGUAGGUGCACUCAAUAGGAUUGAUAAUGACACGGAAAAUGAUAUCAAUAAAGAAAGUAUUUCAAUAGAUACAAGUAACAAAGUUAAAGUCACAUUCGAUAGUGAUGAUGAUCAGACGGAGAGUAGCGACUUCAAAAGACCUAGGAUUAAAAAGCGGAAGAGGAAGCAAGACACCACACUAUCUAGAAAGCGAAUGAACAGAGAUCAUGAAGUUGAACUUAGUAGCAUUGAUUUCACGCUUGAUACCAAUAUUAAUAUGGAAGAGCUGGAUGAAGAUAUCACAAUAACACCUAUUGUUAAGCCUGCUGUGAUGAAAUCAGCCGACGAGAUAGCGGAGGAGAUAAGAAGGGCUAAAAUAGAGCGAGAAAGAAGAGAAGAAGAGAUCCGUCGGCUGCAAGGCCAAAAUGAAAGGACUUUAACAAUUAGUGAAACCGCCGACUUUUUUGACACUCUGAAAGACAAUAUAUUAACAGAACCAGAAACAUCUGAACUACCGUCACACACUGAUGAGACAAGUCAAGACAAAGAAGAGGAACAUAUAGUUCAAGAAAACGGAACAUCUCCAAGUGAAGAAAUUGCCACAAGUGAAGUGCACACAGCAGAGCCCGUACAGGAAGAAGACAAACCUGAUUUCUACAAUGGCCUGGCAUCGACUCUAUCCUUUUUAAAGUCUCAUAAUGUGCUACCAAAGGAACGCAAUAGUAAAUCAACAGGCACCAAGAGAAAGGAUUCCACAAGACUAGAAUAUAGAGACGAUGAAGGCAACUUGCUCACCACGAAAGAGGCAUAUAAGCAACUUUCUCAAAAGUUCCAUGGUACCAAGAGUAAUAAACAAAAAGCAGCAAAGGCCAAGGCUAAGAUUAGGGCUAGGAACAAUGACACUUCUACUGACUACACUGACUUUCAUGUAUAA